AUGAGCGCAUCACUUUCUUCCACUCUAUCUGGGGCCGUAUUGUGGAGGCAGCAGUCUGAGCGGAGGCCCAGACUACACACAGACAGGCAGUCUGCUUAUCUGGUGGGAUCUUGGGGAGAACCAGGGGGCCUUCCGCAUGUCCUGGGUCUUUCAAACAGCACUGUGAAAAAAAAGAAAGAGAAGAAACCGAGCCCACGCAGUCGCACUGGAGUCUCAGGACCAAUGAUAUCCCCCCAGAAGGCGAGGGGGAGUGGCUUAUGUCAAAAAACUCAAGUGAAAAUGGCUGCCAGCCUCCAGUGCUACAGCAGUAAGACGGCAGGUCCCUCUGCCGCCGCAGCUCUGGGACCAUCACUGGGAAAACUACAGACUCCCAUGGCUUUUGAACACGCAUCAGUGUAG